AUGGCAUCAGUGAUAUACGAUGAGCACAAGGGGUACUGUGUAACCAAUGAACCAAUAAAUAAAGUGAAUGAGAAUGAAGGUAUAAUAAAUAAUGGAUUACAGACAUUGCCAUGGGAUUUGUAUUUACCCGAGGAAACCGAUGACCUACUGCUGGCAUCUGAUAACACAUCAACUUCAACUCCCAAACCACUAACCAAGCAGGAAAAGAGAGAGGCUAAACAAUUGAAAAAGAUCAAUGCCUCUCGAAGAAGGAAACUAAAGAGAGAACAAGAGUUGGACAAUAAAGGAGAAUCCAAAUUUCCUGAUUUCAAGCCUUACUUGGCCAAACAAGAAUUGAAAGCAUUAUUUAGCUCGAUUGUGAAAAGUACAUGUCAGAAUUCGAAGGCAGAUGCUAAAAUAUUACAAUAUCAUUCCAUUGCAUUGUAUAAAUCUGAUUUAGAGCAUAUUUUACCUGGAGAAUGGCUUAAUGACAAUAACAUCUCAUUGAUUUAUGAACUCAUUAUCCAAAUUUUUAUAAAGCAUGGCAGAAAAUUUUCUAACCAAAUUCAAUUAUUAUUCCCAUCUUUGAUACAGUUGUUAAUGCAUUUCCCUGAUGAUGUUGAGAGUUUAUUGCCCGUUGAUGAGUUGAAAUCCCUGAAGUUGAUUUUUUUGCCAAUAAAUUUCAUUGAUGAAAUGGAUGUUGAUUUGGAAGACGCAAACAAUGGUGACCAUUGGUCUCUUGGAGUGUUAUCGUUGUUGGACAAUACAUUGUACGUCUAUGAUUCUAUGCAAAUAGACGAUGAUGAAAUUUCAGAAAUUCAAUUGAAAAAAUUGGUCCAGAAACUACAAAGCUGUAAUACUAUUGUUCAUGGCAAAUUAAAAGUACGGCACUUGAAGUGUGACCAACAGCAAAACUUUGAUGAUUGUGGAGUAUAUGUGAUUAUGAUUACAUGCUACUUGAUAAAUCAACUUCUACACCAGGACGAAAUGAGCUUAGACAUUAGUAGAGUUAAAUUCAAUCCUCUUGAUGCCAGGUUGCAUAUCAUGAAACUAAUAUCUAGACUAAUAAAAGAAUAG